ACAUGGAAUGAUGUGCCAUAUUUUAAUUUACUCUCGAGAAAUUCAGUUAACCUCUCUUUCACAAUCCCUCAAGCUCAAUUAACCUUAAUCAAUAAUUAUCAAUAAUUCAAUUCGGCGAUGAAUAGACAAACAAAAAAAAAUUCUCACCAAUAAUUCGUGUUGUUAUUCAUUAAACUAUUCAUUAAUUGUCAAAUACUUCACUAAACAAUGCAUCGUCUCGUACUAGCACUCGCAUUAAAUUUAAUUGCAAUUACUUCAGGUGGUCAAAUUAUCGAUCCAUCGAAGACGAUCGUUUGGGGCCCGGGGUUGUUCCCCGAAAUAGUCAUGAGAAGUCGCUAUUUUUUUUUGCAGCUUGUGGAUUCUAAUGGAAAUAAUAUCACUGAAGUGGAAGAGAAGAACAUCGAUAUAAAAGUGGUAAUUAAUUCUGAAAAUUCAGGGGGUCAUUCCUGUCGAAUUUGGCAGCAAAAAUUGAACUGUCGAGAUGGAAGUUUCAUCAUACGUUAUAGAUUAUACGAAACCUGUUACAAUUUUCACGUUAUUGUCACGAUAAACAAUCAGACGAUUCCAAAGGCUGCGAUCCAUGCAGAAGGUCCCAUUUAUGAAGAGGAAUGCGACUGCCCAAAGCUCUCAAUCCACGAGUGGCUGCAUAAUUCGAAAUGUCCAUCGAAUUAUUCUCAAAUUUCUAACGACUUGAGGGAAUUUCCUCAAAUAAAUUUCGAUAAGAUGAGAAAUAAAAUAAUAAAGGAAUUCUCAAGGCCCCAGAGUGUCAGCCUCUGUCACUACGUCAUUAAAAAAAAUAAGAUUUAUAGAAAGUGCUACGGAGAUCACACGGGCUUUAAAGUAUUCUCGGAUUCAAUUCUUCUGUCAUUAACACGAAAAUUAGUGGUACCUGAUACAGAAUUCUUUAUGAAUUUAGGGGACUGGCCACUUGUGGGGAUCAAGGGCACGUUGUAUCCAAUAUUUUCGUGGUGUGCCUCAGAGGAUACGAGAGAUAUUGUUCUCCCCACGUACGACAUCACGGAAUCAUCUCUCGAAAAUAUGGGGAGGGUGAUGCUUGAUAUGUUAUCGGUUCAAGGAAAUACUAGAAAUCCAUGGAAACGAAAAAUUGAAAAAAUUUUUUGGCGAGGUCGGGACUCUCGUCGUGAGCGGUUGAAGCUCAUCGAAAUUUCCAGAAGACAUCCGGAGCUUUUCAACGUUUCCAUCACGAACUUCUUCUUCUUCAGAGAUGAAAUAUCGAAAUACGGGCCGGGACAACAGGCGAUAUCAUUUUUCGAUUUUUUUGACUAUAAAUAUCAAUUAAAUAUUGAUGGGACAGUGGCUGCUUAUCGUCUCCCUUAUCUCCUGGCGGGGGAUUCAUCGGUGUUUAAACAGGAGUCCAAGUACUACGAGUACUUUUAUCAUCAUUUAGUACCUUACGAGCAUUACGUGCCGAUUAAAGCGGACCUCUCCGAUCUUGUCGAGAAAAUACAGUGGGCGAUGAAUAAUGACGAGGAGACGAGGAAAAUUGCGAGGGCAGGACGUGAAUUGAUGAGAAGAGUUGCUCUGCCCCAAGAUGUUUUUUGUUAUUACGUGUCGUUGUUAAAGGAAUGGAGUGAGAGGAUUGAAAAUUCUGUUGAAGUUCUGGAAGGGAUGGAGAGGGUCCAGCAACCGGAGAAUCGGUGCAAUUGCCCAAUUUCUAAAGAUGAACUGUGAUGCAUUACAUUUUUUUCAUUAUUCUUCACAAUAAUUACACAUUUCUCAUUCCAAAAUUCAAUUUCACAAAAAUUGAUGAUUUUUCAAGUAUU